AUAGGAUAUCUUGGCGAUGGGACGUGUUACAUCUUGGGAGCUCCUGGUGCAGCUGGAGGGCCGAGCGGGCGGCAGAGCGGGCGGGGCAUGCAAGGAACGUCGUCCGGGGUGCACACGGAACGUGUGACCUUCGCAAGGUAUAGCUUCGGCACUCGAGCACAUUGCAACACAAUCAAAGUCCAAAAUUACAAGCCAUACGUGCUCGGGUCCAAGUGAGAGAGGGGUGUUGCUCCUGCAGAACAUUUUGAAGAGUUCUUUCGCCUCUGCUCUGCCAAGUCGCUACUUUACACGACAUGGCUAUCAUACAUAAAGCGCUAGAUUCACUGCUUUAGGCUCGCGCUCGCUUUGUCCUCUCGGGACUGAGCUGGCGAUCCCGCCUUCGGCGAGCGCUCGGAGCCCACGAGCAUGGCGCAAUUUAGUCAACAGCCGCAGUCAACAUGGAGCGUUGGGAGUGGCGUCAGCAGCAACGGGAGCGUCGGCUCGCUGCCAGUGCAGCCUGCCUACUCGGCACCCGCCCCAGUCCAGGCGCCGGCCCCGCCAAAGGACAGCCUCCUGAAGCACGUGGGCGCGGACCCCUUUCUAACCAGCGCGGGGCCAGUGUCCGCGGACGAGAUGCACUGGGCGUACGUGUGCGCGCUGCAAGGCAUCGUCACCCCCAACAUCCCCCCGGACUGGCUCACGCGGCCCGUGGACUCCGUGGCCGUGGAGGGCGCCAGCGUCUCGCCAUCCCCGGCGCUCGGCGCCAGCGGCAGCGGCUCGGUGGGCGCGCCCGCGGCAUCGCCCGCGGGCGCCGCGGCCGCCAGCCCCACCGCUGAGGGCAUCCGGCACCCCGACCCCAACACCUCACUGGAGGAGCUGCGCUGGCAGGACCACACGACGCUGGCGGCUAGCGGCGUGACCAGCGUGCUGGCCGCCGCCACCGCCAACGCCGCGGCGCAGCCGCAGCAGGCACAGCAGGCGCCGCAGGCGCAGCCGUCACAGGCGCCGGCGUUCGGGCUGCCCGGCGCAGCGGCGGCGCCCUCCACGCCCGUGUUCCCCACGCCCGUGCGGACGCUCUUCCCGCCCACGCCCUCGCCGCCCUCCUUUGGAGGGCCGGGGCUGUUCGGUGCGGGCGCGGGCGUGGGCGUGGGUGUUGAGGACGUGAUGGACUGCGGCGAGGUGCCGCCGGACGACCCCGCCGCGUUCCGCUGCAUGUACGCCGGGGCGGAGGCCAGCAUGGCCAGCCCGGAGGAGAUGCGCGUUGUGCAGAUUGAGUCCUACCGGUUAGGGCGGCAGAUCAUGCCUUACUGGCUGGUACCGCCCUCCUGAGUUGAGGCAGGGAUCAUGGACACGCGUGUGUUGUGAGGGGCGGCCCGCGCGGGGCGCCGGCCCCCGGGCGAUGGCGUGGGGGGCGGUGCAGCGAGCGCGGCAGCGGAGCGAAGUCGGGAAGCGGGAAGCGCGCGGCGUUCAGGCCGUGACGGCGGCGGAGCGGGAGCCGGGCAAGCAUCUGGCCCCGAGGCGGCGGCGGUGGCAGCUGUGGGGCCCGAGUCAGUUCCUCAACUCCCCAUUUCGAGAAAGCGCAGACGCAGUGGGAGUUAGGGAACAGGCUGGGAGCCUCUGAAGCCUGUGAACAAUGGAGACUCGGGGGAAAGACCGCCUCCAUGCCAGAAGCAGCGCGGGGCUGCAUACUGAUGACGGACGGGGCGGGAGUGUGGCAAUGGCAGAGAGUGUGGGAACGCGCUAUGCAAGCAGAGUGGUGCCGGUUUGCGCUACGCGCCAUAGCGUUGAGGACGCAGGCGGGUAGGAGGCAGCACAGCGCCGUACUGCACAUCACAACAACGGUGCGGCGCGGCUAUUGCUGCAGCCCUGGGGGUUUCAUUUAUGGCGAAUGUUAAACGCAUGGUCGAGGGCACAGGAGAGCUAGCGAGGUGUGCGCUGCCGCGGCGUUGAGUGGCGGCGGCACGGCAGAGAGGGGCGCGUGGCGCACCCCUACGGAAGCAGUCAGGAUUGCGCGGCGGCAUGCUGCCGCUAAACAUUCACGCAGCAAUGUACGGUACAUAGCGCUUCAUUGACAUGCGUUGCCAGAAGCUUGAGCCGUCUGUGAUGUGUCCCGGAAUGGCCUCGGUAUGCCUCGGUACGCCUCUGCCAUUGCAGAGCCUUUGCUCAUGUUAGGUAUGGGGAGCGGGAGCUGUCGUAAUUAUUUAGCCCAGCUAUCUACGGGUCCUCUGGAAAGUGUGACGCAUCCUGUGCGUCGUCGCGUACAGCGCGAUUUCGGCCGAACGCAUUGACAUAGCCGAAUGAUCAUAGCUUCCUCUAUACGUGAUCUUGGUCCCAGGGCGCGAGAGCGAGUGCAGCGUAUGAACGAGGCCAAUAACUGCGCUUCAUUGUCAGGCGCGAAAAUGCGCGUAGCUAUAACCUACAUCGCAAUUCACAGGUAGCACAGAUAAGGCUGUCUGAACGCACUAGAACAUGCACAUGAAAGCCAACUCGACCGAUCACAAACACGAAAGCUUUCGCGUAGAUGACGAGGAGACGUAUCGAUGCAUAACGUUGAUAUAUGCAGAAAUGCACAGUUGCGAACUUUGGCGGGAGGUGCCAGCUCGGCGACGCCGACCUCGCUCCCCGCCCCCCCCCCCCAACCCCCCCCCCCCCCCACACACACACACACCAUUACUCUGCUUUGUUCUCCGCGUGACAGCAUGGCAACGCCGCAUGCCCAUAUCUUUUCCCAACCACUACAGCUCGGUAGCUGGGCUCAUGGGCUAAUUUAGGUAGCUGUAAUAAGGGGAGGCCUCCCCCGACAUAAACUGGUGGCUGAUCUCGAAGUAAAGCGUAGAGCGCCAGGGGAGGGGGGCGACUAACUGCUCGGUGUGUGGCGCCAGGUGACAGGCAGGACCGCUGGCGGCGUAUGAGAUCACCGGCGCUUGCGUUGCAGUGCUAAGGCGUGUCGGUGUCAUUCUGUCAACUGUGCACA